AAAUAUUUCUAAGUUGGAAAUUAUACGUUUAGUUGAUAGUUUCUAAAAUUUAUUAGAAACUUUACUUAGUGAACGACUAGGAGUUUUUAAUAAAGUUAUUAAAAAGAAGACUAAAUAACAAUUUUUAACUUAAAUAUUGGAAUUAUAAUGGCAAACGGAAAGCGGUGCUUAGCUCAAUUCGAAAUAAAUGGCCUUUUGCAUGAUGGCCAGUUUAUGUCAUAUGUCCUUGAACUUGCUGCGAUUUGCAACGUGAAUGGUUUCAUUAACCAGGAUUUUGACAAGAAAAAGUUCGUUGGUAAGGUUGAAGGUACAUAUGACAAUGUCGAAAAAUUUAAAAUUACACUUCGUCAUCAAAUUAACCAAAACGUGCUAAAGGUCAUUUUUGGAGAGAUCGUGGAGACUAGCGUAGCUCACUAUCAAACCUUCCAGGUUGGCAAACACGAAGAACUUGAACGCCUGCCUGAGCAUUUCCAUCGACUUAAGAUAUGACACUGGUUUUUGGAGAAUGUAUGACAACUAUAACGGUUGGACAAGUUUUAUAUUUUCUCAUUUUCAAAAAUCUUCCUAUUACACACUUUUAC